GACACUCUCGAAUCUCGGUUUUCGGUUUUCUAUUCUACUGGCGGUGCGGACUUCUGAUGAAAAAUCGUCGCUAUCGGUUCUGUUCCAUGUUGUUCAUAGUACAGUACUACUUGGUUCUUGUUGUCCUGGAAGCCAAGAGUUGUCAACAAUCAAACCAUGGCAUCAAGGAGGAAACAGAAGAGAUCAAGGAUCGCAGUGUAGUGAAGAUUGCUAGGCAAAGAACAGAUGCAAAAUGAACUCUAGAAACAACUACUCCCAGGGGAACCAAAACGAGUGGCAGCAGCAACACGGAGGCCACCACCGACUGCAACACAACCACCAGCAAUAUAGCAAUAGCAAUAGCAAUAUCGUAGACAAUGCAAACCGACGACACCAAGGGCAGUUUCAACAGCAAUUCCAGCAGCAGCAAUGCMAAGAGACCUUGCCUCCCGGUUGGGUAGAAGCUAUGGAUCCGAAUACCGGUAAAACGUACUACUGCAAUCCACAAACCGGAGACACAAAAUGGGAACGUCCGUCUCUCUCGGUGACGAACACUAUCCCGCAGGCGGGACCCACCGAGACAAGUAUGCGAGGGCGAGUCUUUUUACAACAGCAGCAAAAACAAUUGCCUCCUGGAUGGGUCGAAGCGAAGGACCCAAGCAGUGGAAAUGUGUACUAUUGCAACCCGCAAACCAGGGAAACAAGAUGGGAACGCCCCGUUUUCUCUAGUUUGACACCUUCUACAACACCGCCCGUGGAGACUCACAGCAACAGAAGCACUCCUAAAAGUCUUGUUACAGAUCCCACGAAGGAUUAUGGCCACAGGAAUCGCGAUGCGGCGUCGCGGAGCAGCUAUGGUGGUGGCACGAACCAAGCGGCAACACUACCCACAGCAGCAACACCAGCAAGUACAACACCGGAAAGCACGACACAAGCCACACAAAACACCGGAGGCGAAGACGGUUUUGACGAGCUGCUGUCGUUCACCACCGGACAAAUAGCCCACCUGAUCAUAAUGCAGCAUCGAAAGCAGAAAGAGGAACUGUCGGCUCUGGCGGAAGAGGAACGACAGGUAGACCUGUCGACCAUCGUCACGAUCAACAAGGACGAGAACCAUGCAUCGGCGUUGAAUGCAAGCAAGUACACCCCCAUUCAGCUGUCGAUGAUCUCGAUGCCGUCAGGAAACGAACGUACCGAACCCGGGCGAUUGGACGUGCGGAUGCAUGCCUUGCGUGAAGAACUGAAAAAAUUCGGAUACCAACCAACGCAGCCGUAUGCAUAAUCGAAGAUCGAAUCGAAUCGGCACAAGUAUACGAAGGUUUACCGUGGUAUGGUAACAAGGUUGGUGUGCCAUUAAGUUGAUGCAGAUCCUUUCAAAUCCAUCGAUUGCUUCUGAGAGUGAACGCUGUCAUUCGUUUGCGUGUCUGAGUGAGAACAGAAUGCAGUUAUUCUGCGUUUUCCUGAGUGUCUACCACACUGCAGUAUCUAGAAGCUGAAGACGUGACGGCACAAACUCACUGACCGGUGAAAAAAGUAAGGUCCUCGGAAAUAGUCUAUGAUCAUACGACUUGAUAGCCCACUUACGGACUAGCACGAGAUAAAUUAGUCACAGUUUUGUCUUGAAAAAAAAAAAAAGCUCAAAUUUUCCUCUAGUAGGAACCAAUGGAAGACUUAGUUGCAGUGUUUAGAUCAUUAAAUUUGAACGGCGUACGGUACAUUUGGUAAAGGAAUCGAUACUAUGAAGACAGAAGGAGGACAGAUUAUCGAGGGCCGUGAUGCGACGUUGCAGUGGAGUAACAAACAAUGUUGAAAUCAAAUGAACAAUCUGCACCAAGUAGUCCGGUGGCCAUGAAUACUUUUGAAAACCUACUCAAUGAGUUUUUCUAAAACGAGAUUGUAAGGCUAAGCUGUUUUUACGUUUAUCUAUUGUAAAAGAAAGGUGGCGUGGUCCGAGAAGCUAGCCGUUGUUGCGUCUGUAAUACGUGCGGUGCUCUACGUUACGUUGUGUGCUCCCAGCACAAUUAGCUGCGCUUGGUGUUCCUUCAAUGCACUAUGAAAAAGUAUCAUAGCAACACUACAAGAGUUUCUUAAGGCUGUGGGAGACCAAUAUCGUUCAGGUUGCCCAAUUGUUCGUGUACCAUGAUUCCAAGGAUACCCAUUUGUGCAGCACGUCCGUUGUUCAAUUCAAUAGUUCGCUUCUUGGUCUUCCAUUCAUCAGAGUAUUUGUCCCAGCCAAGAUCGAUGAAUCCGUUGCGGUAAUCACCAGGGAAUUCACUAGAUCCCGUCAGGUCUUGCAUGGCGAAAGUCAAGGCCCAGACAGUUCCCAGAGUCAAGGGGAUCGUUCCUCGGACCUCGGCGGGCAGGUCUUGGAUUUCGGUGAGUGCCUUGAAACCAUUAGGCAUGGCUUCCAUACCCGGCAAACGAGCGCCAGAGGCUGUGACCAACCAUCCAACGACAGCCAACAUGGCGCAUCUUCCGUGUCUGAUCUCAACUUCUCUCAAGUGAUCCAUGUAUUCUUGGUCGCCUUCCUUCACCAAGCCGAGGGGAUCGAAGUAUCCGAGCGGGGCCAUGGCUCCGAAAUCAUCGGCGUUUGCACCCGAUAAAGCGCUGGAGCUGGACUUGGUGCUAGGGGCUGUAAAGGCCGAAGCCGAUACAAGCAUGGAAGCGAGGAGGAUUGACGUCUUCAUGGUCGAUUGUCGUUCUUGAUGUAAUGUGGAUAGUGAAGAGGGGGAGAAACUCGAGUCUAGGCAACAUGAAAAUCCGUGCGUCGAUGCAGUACGAGUACGAGUAGCACCCAAUACGUUCCGUCCCAUCAAAGAAAAACUUCUCACGAUCUUUACCCUCGCAGCUUCAACCAAUUCCAGUAUCAUACGUUCAUACGAACGUAUGUAUGUAUCGUAACUUAAUAGGAGAAAACGAGUCUUGCAUGAUUGGAACACUUUUAACGUUCAAAUACCGCAUCAGUGUUCUUUUUGGUCGCGCCAUUUACUGAAGUCACGGCUGACACAAGACAGAUGACAGUUCCGAAUACAUUUUAAUUAAAGCA